GCUGCCCGAAGGAUUUUCAAAAUGGCAUUUUGUAUUGUCGCUCGUUGUUUAUAAUCGCUGCUUGCUGUCGGAAAAACCCAUUUAGCCCUGUUUAAAAAUAAGUUAUCAGUUUAUAGCAGAGCAGAGUGAUUAAAGAGCCAAAGGACAAUGUUGGAGACCAAAAGCAUAGCUGCUUUGCAUUUUUCGGAGACGCCGCGCAAGCGCAAAAGGGAGACGCCAAAUAGGAAUGCUGCCCCGCCCCCGAAUCUACAGCAGCAGCAGCAACAACAACAGCAACAACCCCUGGAAAAGGACGCGAAGGUGCGGCAGGAUGCAGCUGUCAAUCCAGCGGAGUCCUGUUUUACCAAUGCCGCUUUCAGUUCCACGCCCAAGAAAUUAAUCGGUCGCCGUCGCUUGGCCAAGGAAAAUAGUAAUCCUUUUCCCGGUUUGGAGGUGAAAUCCAUUUCCGAUUUGGCUGUGGAGCAGCAAAAGCAACAGCAGCAGCAACAACCACAACAACAAACGCUGCCCGUUAAUCCCUUCGAGGUCCUGCGUCAGCCGCCGAAGAAGAAGAAGCGCGAGCACGCCUGCUUCGAGAAUCCUGGCCUGAACUUGGAGCUCCCAGAGAAGCAGUUCAAUCCCUAUGAGGUCAUUCGCUUGGCAGCAACGCCCGCGAAGGGAUUCGUGAAUCCCGGCCUGAAUUUGCGCGGCAGCGAUGCCCCGGCCUCGCUGAAUCCCUUCGAGGUUCAUCGACCCAGCGAAAUCGCAGAGGCGGCCUGCAAUCCGGAGGGCGUGGCCAAUCCAGCGCUGGCCGACAGGGAUGCGGAGGAGCCGCUGCCCACCAGCUUGAAGAUCGGGCUGCCGUUCACUCCGACUCUUGGGUGUCGCAUCGAUUUCCACGGGAUGUCGCUGGCCCAGCUGACGCCCAGCAAACUGCUGGCCGAGAAGCUGGUCUUCUCGCCCGUUCCGGCGCCAAAAAGAUCACUGGGUGCCAUCAGCGAGGAGUCCUCCUCCAUGGAUAUUGGCAAGGAGCUGGACCGCUAUCAACUGGAGCUGGAGAACAGCAUCAACGAGGCGAAGCUGAGAAAGAACGGCGUGCUGGUGGACAAGGAGCUGCCCCGGAGAAGUCUGGAGGUGGAGCUGACCAGGAAUGGCAAGGUUUCUCUGGUCAUGGAAACCGAUUCGCAGGAGCUGCUGGUGCAGGAGUUGGCCAAGGGAGAGAGUCAAGUGGAGCGGCGACUGGUUUGCACCAGGAGACGCACGCUAACCGAGAUCAGCGAGGCUCCCGAAGCGGAGGAGGAGGAGGAGGAGGAUAGGGAGCAGCUGCUGGAGGAAGAUGUGCAGGUGGAGACGGAAACAGAGAAGCUGCUCGAACAGGAGAAGCGCCUGGAGCAGGAGAUGCUGCUCGAAGAGGAGCGGCACUUGGCACGGGAGAAGCAGUUGGAGCAGGAGAAACUCCUCGAGAGGCAGAAGCAUCAGGAGAGGGAAAAGCUGCAGGAGAAACUCCACGAGCAGCUCAGGGAGAAGCUGCAGGAAAGGGUCAAGCUGUUGGAGAAGGAGAAACGGGAAGAGGAACUCCUGGAGAAGCAGAAACUGGAAGAGGAACUCCUGGAAAAGGCAGGAGAACCCGAAGGCGAUGUGGCCUACGCUUCGGAGUCCGACGAGGAACCCAACGACCUGGACUUCAAGGCUCCCGCCUCCCGCUUCGUGCGAGCCUACCGGCCAGCGGGUCAACCCACCAAGGCGGCCAGCAAGGAGUCCCUCCACUCGAUCGCCUCCAGCAAGUCCUCCAAAUCGGAGGAGGUGAAGCCCAGUGGCGGUGGCAUGAAGGGCAUGAUAAGAAAGUCCAUUCGCCGGCUGAUGCAUCCCACCCACACAUCGCCUGAAAAAUCCGAUGAGAAGGAGAAGGAAACAAACAGUCACCACCACAACAUAAUCAGCUCCAUUCGGCACAGCCUGCGGCGGAGGCCCCAGAAGUCAGCGGAUGCGGAUGCCCAAAUGGAACCCGUUCUCGCGGACAUAUCCAUAAUCGACACCAGCGAACGGACGAUGAAGCUCCGCUCGAAUGUCGCCCAAACGGAGUACAUGACCAUCGAGCAGCUGACCAACGAGAAGAAGCACACGCUGAGGAACAGCAUCCGGCGGUCCACGCGGGACGUCCUGCGUCAUGUGUUCCACAAGAGCCACGAUGCCUACGCAACGGCCAAGUAAUGUGGCUCCCAUCGGUGUGGGAAAGGCUUUCGAGGGAUUAAAAUAGGUUCACAAAAAAUUCAGAUAGGCCUGAAAAGUAUUUCAUGAUCAAUUUUUGAGACUCUCUUUUAAAAGAUGGCAUUAUUACAAUAUCUUCUUUAAUACAAUACCAUUAAGAUUGUUUUGCUUUGGUCCUGAGACUCUCUUUUAAAAGAAGGCAUUAUUAAAAUCUCCUUUUCUUUUAAUACAAUAUCAUUAAGAUCGAUUUGUUUUGGUCCUGAACCUCUUUAUAUUUCUGUUAUGUUACCCUUUAAUUAAACUUUUUCACAAAGAUAAAUGAAAAGCUUAGAAAAGGCAGAACCCUAUCCCUACAAAGUCGACCCACUCCGCCAAGUUAUUGACUUCUUAGAAAGCACUUCUUUUUUAGCACCUAGUUAAGUUUUUCAAUGCACCCAAAGAUUGUCACACAAAACCAGCAAACCGAAAGGAAACAUAUUUUCAACUGAAUAACUAAAUCCAUCUGGAUUUUUAUCGAGAUGGAUUGGUUUUAUCUAGCUUUAAGUUUUUUUUUUAACUUUAAAGGGAAUUCCCUUAAAAACCUGCCGCAAAUUGAAUCACACAAUGUUUUUAAUGUUAAGUUCUUGAUGUUUGCACGUUUAUUCAUAUAUGUAUGUUUCUCAAAUGUCUUUUUAUAUAUGCAUAUUAAUAUAUAACAUUUACACAAACUA